AUGACUUCAUAUCUUGAAUCUAUCUUUUUUAGGAUCCAAAGACAAGCAAAACUUACAGGCGGUCUGACUUCCGAACGCAGUCUGGUCCCGGAGCGAGACACUUCGGAUACUCUGACGCUUCCAGAUGGCCGACAGCUCGGAUUUGCCCAGUAUGGGCUAUUAACUGGAAAGCCUGUGUUCUAUUGCCAUGGACUUCCGGGCUCCCGCGUAGAAGCGGGACAUCUACACGAGGAGGCGUUCGCUACUGGAGUGCGCAUCAUUGCGACAGAUCGUCCAGGCAUGGGACUAAGUACGCCACAGCCAGACCGAACACUUUUAGAUCAUCCAAAAGAUCUAGAACUUCUCGCCGACCAUCUCAAGCUGUCCGAGUAUGGAGUACUGGGCGUGUCAGGGGGCGGCCCUUAUGCACUUGCAUGUGCUGUCUCACACGCUCCUGAAAGACUAAAGUGCGUGACCGUUGUAUGCGGCAUCGGACCACCUGAUAUCGGCAUGGCUGGCGCAGGCUGGUUCCACUGGCUGGGCUUCACCUUCGGGUGGCGCUAUGCUCCUCGCCUUGCAGCGUGGUUCUUUAAAAGCCAAGAACAACUCGACUUGCCGGACGAAAAACGUCUUGAUAUACGAAUACAGCAAGCAAAAAAGCAAGACGCGCAAUUCCCGGAGUCAGAAAAGGAUAUUUGGACCAACAAGGAUAUAGCCGGACGCAUGGUAAUGUCGAGCCGCCAGGUCUACCUCCAGGGCAUAGAUGGCUUCAGUCAGGACGGCUACUUAUUGUGCACCGAGUUUGGGUUCGAUAUUCGAGACAUUCGACACGACUUGCCCAUAACUCUUUGGUAUGGAAAGCAUGAUACGUUUGUGCCUCCGAACCAUGGGAGACAAAUAGCCAAGCGUCUGGGAGACCACGUUAGACUCAGACUUGAGGAUGAUACACAUGCAAGCAUCUUCUUCCGUUGGAGGAAGGAAAUAUUAGAAGAUUUGGUCAGCAAGAUAUGA